GCACAUUCCCAUCGAAAGGAAUUCACAGAAGGGAGAAUUCACAAUGAACGGCAACGGCCACUACCAUGCAGCGGAGCGGACACCCAGCGAGGAAAAUCUGCACAAGGCGGGCGGCAACGAGCCGGCAUCGCUCCCUGAUGCGGAGAUCAGCGGACAGGCGCUGCAUCGAUUGAACUGCAUGGGACGCCUUUCGUAUCACGUGUCGGAGGCAAUAGGGCGAUUUUUCUACCGCCUCGGCUAUUGGAUCGCCAACAAUGCGUGGAAAACGAUCGGACUCUGCUGGUUGCUGGUGGCCUUGUGCAGCGUGGGCUUCGUGCGAUUUCACAAGGAGAAGAGCCCUAUGAAGCUGUGGAUACCACUCGGGUCCAAGUUUCAGCAUGACACCAACUGGCUUAUCGAGCACUUUCAGGAGGGAAAUCGGAUCGAGACGAUCAUGAUAACCGCACCGGACGUACUGGUGCCAGAAGUACUGCAGACGCUUGCCAGCAUCACGGAACAAGUGGAAAGCUUCAAGUUUCAAAACAGCGAAGGUCAGCGGCUGGGCUGGACGGAUGUUUGUCAUAAGGUGCCCCUGAUUGCGGAAUACACGGCGGACGGUACGCGCAAGAAACGCAACACACUGGAUCAGGAGGACACGCUAGACGCUCCCGUUACGACCCGGCGACCCAAGAAGAGCAAGCCGCUGUUUACACCCGUUAUCGAUGUGCCGUCGUUUCUGUUUUGUCCGAUGGUGGAGCGGCUCGAGAUGGGCUGCUACGGGAGCAGCCUGCUCGAGUUGUGGAAGUACAAUCGCACCACCAUCGCCGGCCUAUCGAAGGAAGAAAUCGUGGAUAAGCUUAACCGCACCACGAUAAGCCCCAUGACGGGGCAUACGGUGGAGUUCGCCGAGCUGCUCGGUGACGUGCGCCGGGACUGGCGGGGGCGCAUUGUGUCGGCAGGGUCGUUGGUAACGCACUGGUUCGUGCACGUCAACUUCUCGGAGGUAGACUCGGACGUGAGUGGCAAUGCGGCCGGUACCGAGGACUGGGUGACAGAGAAUGCUGUCCUGUGGGAGGAAAAGUUCCUGAAGUUGGCUGCCAAUGCGAAACGGGACUUUUCCAGCAAUGAAACGAGCAUUUACUAUUCAGCCGGUAGAAGCUACGGUGAUAUCAGCGAGGAGUCGAUGUUCAAAGAUAUGGAUAAGCUUGUCUACGGAGGCAUUAUUAUGUUCGUUUACAUGCAGUUGGUUCUUUCCAAGUUCAGCUGGACCGAGUUUCGGGUAAUUCUCGGUUCCGUUGGACUAAUGAGCGUUGGGAUGGGUUUCAUAUCCGGUUGCGGGCUCGUCGCCGCCAUCGGUGUAUCGUACGGGCCGGUGCACACCUCGCUGCCAUUUCUACUGAUGGGCCUUGGCGUCGACGAUAUGUUUGUCAUGAUGGCGUGCUAUCGCAAGGUGCGUAAGGUCAACCCGGACCUACCACUAGCGGAGCGGAUGGGACUCAUGCUGCAACACGCUGGUGCAUCGAUAACGGUUACAUCAUUGACCGACAUCGUGGCGUUUGUGGUCGGCUCGAUAACGGUCAUCCCCUCGCUGCAGUCGUUCUGUAUUUACGCGGCGGCCGGCGUAUUUAUGAUGUUCUUCUUCGUUAUCACCUUUUUUGUGGCCAUCUUCACGCUUGACGAAAUUCGUAUUGCCAACCGGCGCAACUCGUUCCUGCUCUGGGUGGUGCACGACGAAAAGUCGACCGCGCUCUGGUGCGAGUACAAUCUGAUGCAUCGCUUCAUCAAGAUGCUGUACUCCAAGUUCCUCCUGACACCCAUCGGGAAAUCGGCGAUCAUACUGGCGGUGGUGCUGAUGACCACGGUUAACGUAAACAACCUGCUAAAGCUACGCCAAAAGUUCGACCCGAACUGGUUCAUCCCGGAGGAAACGUACCUGAAUCAGUUUGUGAUAAAAUCGCACGAACAUUACCCCAACUCCGGCUACGAAGCGCUGUUGCUCUUCGGGAAUCUCAAUUACACGGCCGAGCUGCCCAACCUGAUCAAGGUGACACAAGAGCUGGAAAACCGCACCGAUAUCCUGCACAGCGUCAGCUCGUGGGUUACCCCCUUUCAGGACUUUGUGUACACGCAUUACGACAAGGACAUUGCGGUCGAUUCGCUCAGCGACAGCAAUUUCCGCAAAUACUUGAGCAAGUUUCUCUUCAGCUACGAAGGCGGACGCUAUCAGAUGAAUAUCAAGUUUGCCGGCAAGCUAAAGUGCGGCGACCCGGCACCGAACAUUACGGUUACCACCAUGGAUUUUAAAUUCAAACCAUUCAAAGAGCGGGAAGAAUAUCUGCCGGCGAAGUACGCCGUUGAAGACAUGCUCGAACGGAGCAACAUCAGCACCGGGGAUCAGUUUCGGACGCUAUGGGCAAAGAUAUUCGGCAACUGGGUAACGGAUGAGAUUAUCGAUACGGAAAUUUACCGCAACAUUGCACUCGCAUUGAUUGGCGUAAUGUUCUGCUCGGUAGUGCUCAUCGUCAAUCUUCAAAUUUGCUUCUGGAUUUUCGUGUGCGUCCUGCUGACGCUCGUCAACGUUGGCGGGCUGAUGCAGGUGUGGGGUCUGACGCUGGAUCUUGUGUCCUGCAUAGCACUGCAGCUGGCGGUGGGUUUGUGCGUUGACUAUGCCGCCCACAUCGGUCACACCUUCCUCACCAUUAACAAAGGGGACCGAAAUCGGCGAAGUCUGGAAACGGUACUACACAUCGGGGCAGCCGUUUUUUACGGCGGUGGCUCAACCAUACUGUCACUGUCCAUUUUGUCCGGGUCACAGGCGUACACCUACAGGACGUUUUUCAAAAUUUUCCUGCUCGUCAUUUCCUACGGACUGUUCCACGGUACCAUUUUGCUCCCGGUGAUUCUCAGCUUGAUAGGACCCGCCCCGUACUCUGGGUCGCUCAACAGUCUCAACACGAUUAACAACAAUCCGAGCCCGUCGAAGCAAAUUGGACAAACCAACACGGAAAUGAUUUCCAUCAUUGGUGACAGCAGGCAACAGAAUAAAAAGACUCCCUCGGAACUGUGAGGGCACGGCAAGAAAGCUUAAACGGAAACAGUUCCACAAUCAAACAAUGGGCAACAGGCCCUGCUCCUCCGUUUAUCAGUAUCUAAGAGAUUUUUUUUUUAUCAAACACGCACGGUACUACACACAAGUAAGACAAGCAAAUUUCACUGAGGAUUACAAAAUCGCGUUAUAUGUGUAAAAACAAUUGUGAUUAGUCAUGUUGUCUUUGGUGGCAUGAUUGUUUAGGAAGUAUUUUAUGGUAAUGUAAAUAUGAAUUUUAAGAAAUAUAUACGAGCAGGUGUUUGGAAUAAUUGUGUGUGGCGUGUUGUUGCAGAUAAUUUUCGGAACGAAAAUAAAACAUGUUACUAAUAUCUUA